GAUGGUCGAUGGAGGGGCGCCCCAAGAAAGCUGAAGAUGCUGAGUAGGGUUGUCUAGGCAGCACAUAUAUAAGAUGCUCUAUCCCCUCCCAUCGAGACCUUCUCUUCUCUCUCCCAUCAACCACUCUACUUCCUACUCUACCUAAAACCCUUUACUACUUCAUACAUCAAUCAUCAUGGCCUGGGGCUGGGAUCAAUCCGACGACGCUCACCGUCAGGUGUACGAGAACAAGCACGAGGGUCACCUGUCCCACGAGCUCCUUGCCGGUGCCGCUUCCUUCGCUGGCAUGAAGGCCUGGGAGGACCACCAGCGCAAGCAGGGCAAGCCCGUCAGCCACGCUUUCGCCAAGGAGGCCCUUGCCGCCGUUGUUGGCGCUGAGGUCGACAAGCUCGCCGAGACCAAGGGCUUGGACGAAGUCGACAAGAUCAAGGCCCGCGAGCACGCCAAGAAGAACGCUCACCACAUGUACGAAGAGCACUACGAGCGCGGACACGGUGCCCCCGAGUUCGACCCCGGCCGCUUCCCUCCCCCUGACCGCUUCGAGGGCCGCCGUGGUGGCUGGUAAGAAGCCUCUUUAUGUGUGAUGGGAAACCACUGGAUUUGGGCCCUAUCCUCAGGGGUUGAUACGAAGAUGGAUGGUGGAAAUGAAACGAAUAUGAUCAUGGAUUGAGAGCGCUGGUAACACGGCCUCUCCUGCAUGUAUUCCUAUCUAAUAAACCAAGAUAUCCAAAUGAAUUAUUUAUUAUCUCAAAGUGAAAC